AUGGCGAGGCACCUUGGUGGUGGUGACAGCACAGGGAUGGCAAAUGGGGAGCACUUAGCCGUCACGGCACAUAGGGAGCAUUUUGUCCUGCCUCCGCUCCUAUUCCAGACCCACACCGCUUUCUCAGAUGAUCCCGUGAUUACAACUGUGAAGAUGAAUAGACACUCUACUUCCCCUGGGCCACAAGGAGGUCAAGCAAAGAGCAAAGUGGAGAAUGAAGACUCAGUAGCACAACUGAAUAUUUUCACAAAAGCACAGGAAUUCUUUCGGGUUUGUGAUGUGGAAGGCAAAGGGUUCAUAACUCGCCAUAACAUGCAGAGACUUCAUGGAGAAUUACCCCUUAGCUUAGAAGAACUGGAGAAAGUAUUUGAUACACUGGAUGCAGAUGGCAAUGGUUCACUUACUCCAGAGGAAUUCACCUCAGGAUUCAGCCAGUUUUUGCUUGGGCAAAACGUAUCAGUCUCUGAAGUGCAAGGCUAUGGAACUGAAAGCAUGCAUCAGUCCAAAUGGACAGGAAACUGGAAGGACAGCAAUGAGGAGGAAGACGAAGAUCAUCAGUUUUCAAAUCUUAUGGGGAAGCUUGGUGCUAAUAAGGUCUUAGAAGAUGAGAAUGAUGUGAAGAAACUCUGGUCAAAGCUGAGGAAAGAUGAGCCCCAUUUACUUUCCAGUUUUGAAGAAUUCCUAGCAAGAGUUUUCUCCCAGCUUCAAGAAGCCGACCAUGAGAAGAAUGAAUUGGAGUCUGCCCUGAGAAAGAAAAUUGCUGCCUAUGAUGAAGAAAUUCACUACCUCUAUGAAGAAAUGGAACAGCAGAUCAAAAAUGAGAAAGAGAAAUUCCUCCUGAAAGUCUUGUGACUGCCUAGACAACUCCC